UCCACUUGAUGCUCAAUAUCCUUCCCAUUUCAUCAUCAGUUGCCUUUGUAUAUAUAAAUAACCUAAAGGGAGACAAACCCACAUCGAUCCAUCUCCAUCCCAAACCGAUCCAAACACCCAUUCAUCCAGUAAGUGCUUCUCUUCUUCUAGCAGCAGCAGCCUCAAGCUAGCUAGCCUUCAGUCACCUGAUCGAUACGUAUUGCAUGCAUAUGGAUCCGAAAGUUUCUGUUGCUCUUACUCUGUCCCUCGUCGGUGGCUUAAGCACCUCACUUGGUGCACUGUUGGCUAUACUCAAUCGUGCGCCAAAUAACAAAACACUUGGGAUGUUACAGGGCUUUGCUACUGGACUCAUGCUGAGCAUGUCUUUCUUUGACUUGGCUUAUGAUGCCAUCAAUGCGAUUGGUUUUCUGAAAGGAAACCUUUGGUUUUUCGCUGGAGCACUGCUAUUUUCAACAAUUGCUGAUGUUUUCCCUGAGCCAGAUUGCAAUUUGACAGAUCAAAAUGACAAACAGACGGUUGGUGGCAACAUAGCAGGAAAGCAACUUAUGAUGAGACACCGUCGAAGAGUGAUCUUUAGCGUAGUUGUCACAGCAAUUGUUGCCGGUGUGAGUUUGCAAAAUUUCCCCGUGGGUACAGCUGCAUUUCUUGGAACAACAAAGGGCUUCCGUGUUGGUUUGAAUUUGGCUCUUGCUAUAGCUCUACACUACAUUCCCGAGGGUAUUUCAGUAGCUCUCCCAGCGUACUUUGCCACUAGCAGUAAAUGGCAAGCCUUCAAACUAGCAACACUAUCGGGCUUUGCAGAGCCACUAGGUGUAAUUAUUGUGGCAUACAUAUUCCCAAGCAAUUUGAAUCCUGAAAUAUUGGAAGGUCUACUUGGAUUAGUGGGAGGAGUGAUGGCUUUUCUAACAUUGUACGAAAUGCUACCAUUAGCAUUUGAAUAUGCUGGACCCAAGGAUGCUGUUAAAGCAGUAUUUGUUGGCAUGGCCUUUAUGUCAAUGAGCUUGUAUUUCCUCGAUGUUAGCCUCCCAAAGGAGAUGAGUGCUUAACAUGAUUUGCACAAAAACCAAUUGAUGCUAUGGUCAAGAGCAUUACAACAUGGGUGUGGCAAACAAGGUGUUGGUGGGAACUGGGAAGGAUGUGUCUACAGUUCAACAUCAUCAGAUGGUUUCAGAAAUAAUCGAUAAUACAAUGACGGCCAGUGGCAGAUCAGGGGUGGUUAUCAAUAUCCUUGCAGAUAUGUGGCCACAAUCAUCGAGAAAAGAAGCACAAGCAGUUUAGAAAGCAGAUUGUAUAUAUUUUUAGAAAGCAGAAGUAGACACAAACCACUAAUAUGAUGUAAAGUAAAAGAAAUAAAUACUAUAUGAUGAAUGAUUGAUGAACAGUGAUGACUGAAGUUUAAUUUGGUGAUUUUUAUUUUCAGA